AGAGUUGAAGGACCAGCGUCCUAAUUCUCCAACAGCCAGCUGUGUGUCUGUGAAGACUGACAGGUCCAGAGAUGAGCCUCCAUAUUUAAGCAACAAGCCACUACCAAUGGACUCAGCUGACUCCAAGCCCAAAAGUCAAAAACAGAGGCCACUGUCUCCAACACCUAGCUGUCUGUCCAUGAGGAGUGACGAGUCCAAGGGACUUCCUCUUGUCUUCAAGAAGGAGCAAAGUGGCUCUGAUUCAAAAGACCAGCUCUAUCAGAGCCAGAGACCUGACUCCCCAACACUGAGCCAUCUGUCUAUAAGUGACCAGUCCACAGGAAUCCCUCUUGCUUUCAACAGUGAGACAAUUCCAGCUGUCCAUGUACAACAACCACUCAGUCAAGCUUUUAGAAAAGACUCUGAAAUUGUGACUGACGAUGUGCAGGAGGCUUUAAACAAACAUCGGAUCAAUCUUAAAAAGAAGUUUGAAUAUGUCAUGGAAAGAAGUGCUGAAGAAAAAAGUGGAAUCCAUCUGAGCACCAUUUACACAGAGGUCUACAUCACAGAGGGGGAGUGUGAGUGGAUUAAUACUCAACAUGAGGUGUGGCAGCUUGAUACAGUAUUCACCCUAAAAACCUUCUGUGGCACAGCAAUCAACUGCAAUGACAUCUUUAAGCCCUCAACUGGACAAAACAAAUGUCUAAAGGUCUUGACCAAAGGCAUCGCUGGCAGUGGAAAAACAGUUUGUGCACAGAAAGUCAUCCUCGACUGGGUAGAAGGGAAAGCAAACCAUACAGUGAAGAUCUUGUUUGGUCUUCCAUUUCGUGAGUUGAACUUGAUCAAAGGUGCAAAGUACAGCCUGCUGGGCCUGCUAAGCCUUUUCCAUCCAUCACUAGAAAAACUCACAGUGGAGAUGCUUACUAUGUGGAAAGUUGCAUUCAUCCUGGAUGGCCUUGAUGAAAGCUGACUUACAGUGAAUUUCAAAUGCAAUGAGCAUGUGUCCAAUGUCACACAAAUAUCCACAGUAGAUAAACUGCUGACAAGCCUGAUCAAAGGGAAACUGCUGCCCUCUGCUCUACUCUGGAUAAUCUGCAGACCUCCAGCAGCCAGUCUGAUCCCUCCUCAGUAUAUCCACAGUGUGACAGAGGUACGAGGCUUUACUGACCCUCAGAAGGAGGACUACUUCAAGAAAAGAUUUCGUGAUGACGAGCAAGCUGGGAAAAUCAUCUCACACAUCAGGGCACUGAAGAGCCUCAAGAUCAUGUGCCACAUCCCAGUUUUCUGCUGGAUGAUUGCCACAGUGUUUGAGUACAUGCGGAGUACAAAUACAGGAGAGCUACCCAAGACCCUGACUGAGAUGUACGCACACUUCCUGAUGGUUCAAACACAGAGGAAGAAUAAUAAAUAUGGGAAAGCUGAGAUGAAUCAACGGGAGCUGAUAAAGACCGACAAGGAAGUUCUUCUGAAGCUGGGGAGGCUAGCCUUUGAACAUCUGGAGAAAGGCUGUCAGGCUGUCUGAUCACAGAGGAUGGCUGUGUUUCUCUGGCCUCAGCUCUGAACUCCAAC